CAAGUCCUCAUAACCUUUUGGAUAUCUUCAAAGUCGACAUCAUCAUUUUAGUGUGAACUAUGAUUGUCAAUCGAUAUGUUCUAGUUUGUGUUCUUCUUCUAAUUAUCUUCAAUCAUCUCUGUCAUGGUUGGCGAAGACGACGACGCAGACGUGGAGAUGUACCUCGGAAUUGUGCUUUUUCUUCAUGGUCUUCGUAUUCUUCUUGCACGGCUACUUGUGGAUCCUCUGGCACAAAAUAUCGAACUCGUUAUAUUACAAGAUAUGCGUCUUGUGGUGGCAGUUGUAACUAUCAAACCUACCAAAGCGUAUCUUGCCCUGGGACUUGUUGUCCUGCACAUUGUUCGUACUCCUGGACGGCUUGGGGCUCAUGUUCAAAAACAUGUCAAUACGGCACGCGAACACGCAAUAUUCGAGUUUGGAGAAAUCCCAGUUGUGGUGGAAGAGCUUGUCCUUCCAGUAGCCAGUCUCAAAAAUGUGGGACUGGAAGUGGGAGAAGCAUCUUGGGUCAAUGUAAUGCUACUCAAGAAAACUGGUACAAAGAAAUCGAAGUAUCAAGACAGCUUCUUGUUCAUCUUGUCCAAGUCUUACAGAUACUAAGUGGCUGCGCUGUAAAUAGUGGCACUAGAAAAAGGACUCGAAGGUUAAUGACCAAGGCGUCAUGUGGUGGCACAUGUGGUCUAGCUACAUCAGAUACUCAAAAAUGUACUCCUAUUCCUAUUUCAUGUCAAAUUAGCUCAUGGAGUUUGUGGCAAGCAUGUGUUCCAAGCAAUGGCAGAUGUGGACAAGGGAAUCAACAUCGUUCACGUAACAUUACUCAACAAAGUUAUUGUAGUUCACCAUGUCCACAGAUUAAUGAGAGUCGAAGUUGUGUUCAUAGUUGUUGUCCUGUCAAUUGUCAAUUAAGCCAAUGGACGACAUGGUCUUCGUGUUCUUCUACAUGCGGAAAAGGCAAGUCAGAUCGUACUCGUAGUGUGCGCAUUCAACCAAGUUGUGGUGGUCGGAAUUGUAGUAUCUUGAGUGAGAGUAAGGACUGUAUUAAAUACAACGAUAAAGAUUGUGUCAUGGACUUAUGGAGCUCGUGGUCUGCCUGUGAUAAUGGCUGUGGUCACGGAACACAACGCAGAUAUCGUAAGAUAACUCAUCAAAGUGUUUGUCGGGGACAA